GAGGCCCCGUGUCUGUCUUCAGUCCCGGAGCAGAGGCCCGGCCCGGACGGGGGACUGGAGCGCCGCGCCUGAGGGGUAAAAUGUGCUGCGAGAAGUGGAGCCGCGUGGCGGAAAUGCUGCUCUUCCUCGAAGACCAGGAGGAGGAUUCCGGGAUCCUUUGCCUUUGCUCCAGGGCAUUUGUGGAGGAUCGAAAAUUGUUGAAUAUGGGAUUAAAAGGCUACUAUGUCAAAGGCAGUGGCGACAAUGCAGGACACCAGGCUGUAGAAGAAGAGGAAGGUGGUCACUCCCAUGGUACGGCAGAAUCACGUGACAGCAAAGGCAUAGGCCUGGAUGAAUGUGAACUUGAUUCAGAGGCUGAACUCAUGAGAAGUAUGGGAUUGCCAAUUCAGUUUGGUGGGAUAUCUACACAUAAGAAUUUUGAGGUGUCUAUGAAUACUCAAAAUAAAAUUAAAAGAAAAAAGAAAAAGAAAAAACAUCAAAAGAAGUACUUAGAUGAAAUUAUGAGAGAAUCUUGGGGAAAAGAAUAUGAAGAAGAUGACAUUUUGGCCUCAGAUGAUCCAUCUACAGUUGAACAGUAUGAAAGCACCAGAAUAUGUAAACUUGAAGGCAAAAAAGAUAUUGAAACAGAAAAUCUUCCUGUUGAGAAUACACUGACUCCAAAGCUAGAAGUUACAGAGACUUGGGAAAAGUAUUGGAAUGAAUAUGGAGGAGAACUAUUGUGGCAAAGCUGGCAAGAAAAACAUCCAAAUCAAACACUAUCUUCUGAACCUUGGAACUUUCCUGAUAUAAAGGAAGAAUGGGAGCAGCAUUAUAGUCAACUGUAUUGGUAUUAUUUGGAACAAUUUCAGUAUUGGGAAGCUCAGGGUUGGACUUUUGACGCCUCACAAAACUGUGAUACAGAUACUUAUGCAUCUAAAACAGAAGUUGACAAAAAGAAAGGUGAAAAUUGCUUGAAAGUUGACUUAAUAUCUUUUCCAUCUUCAUCUACUAGAGUUGAUAAUGACAGCUCUGGUACAGGUGAUAAAGAUCAUAAUGAAAUACUUGAUGGAAUUAGUAAUAUGACUCUGAAUUCAGAGGAAGUAGAACAGAGCCAGUUAGAUUCUUCUGUAAGCUGUGAUGGUCAGCAGCAGCCAGAUGCAGUGAGUGGCAGAAGAGAAUGCCCUGCUGGUCAAAGUGAACCAUGUGUUGGAGGCACCAAGAGAAGCAGCUCAUCAAAUAGAAGCACAGACCAACCAGCUCAGGAUUCACAAGAGUCUUCAGGAACAAGCACGAGCAAAGACAGACCACACGCCAGUGGUGCUGAUGGAGAUGAGAGUGAAGAGGAUCCACCUGAGCAUAAGCCAAGCAAACUCAAAAGGAACCAUGAACUGGACAUCGAGGAAAACCCAGAUUCAGAUUUUGAUGACAGUGGUUUCCAUCUAGGAUUCAAGCAUGGCUCAGGACAAAAGUAUGGUGGAAUUCCAAAUUUCAGUCAUCGGCAGAUCAGGUAUCUAGAGAAGAACGUGAAGCAUAAGUCCAAGUACCUGGACAUGCGCAGACAAAUAAAGAUGAAAAACAAACACAUCUUUUUUACCGAAGAGUCAGAAAAAACUUUUUUCAAGAAAAGCAAAACUCUGAGUAAGGUCGAAAAAUUUCUAACAUGGGUUAAUAAACCAGUGGAUGAAGAAGCAUCACAAGAGUCAUUUUGUCACGACAGUGUGCAAGACAGCUGCACAAGCAGUGAUUCAGAAGAACAAGACAUGUCUCUUAAAAAAGGUGGUGACCCACUGGAGACCACUAAUCCAGAACCUGAAAAUUGUCAGACCAUCUCUUCAGCUGGUGAAGUUGAAACAGAAAACAACGGAGACAGCUUGGUAGCAAGUGUUCCAAAUAAGCAAGAUUGUGUUACUCAAGAUAUGCCAGACUCUCUUCAGGCAGAAACUAACGCUGAAAUAAAAAAGAAGAAGAAGAAGAACAAAAAGGUAAAUGUUAUACCUCCUGAAAUAGCUGCUGUUCCUGAGCUGGCAAAAUACUGGGCCCAGAGAUACAGACUCUUCUCCCGAUUUGAUGAUGGGAUUAAAUUGGACAGAGAGGGCUGGUUUUCAGUUACACCUGAGAAGAUUGCUGAACACAUUGCUGGCCGUGUCAGUCAGUCCUUCAAAUGUGAUGUUAUAAUAGAUGCAUUCUGUGGAGUUGGAGGAAAUACUAUUCAGUUUGCCUUAACCGGAAAAAGAGUGAUUGCCAUUGACAUUGAUCCUGUUAAGAUUGAUCUUGCUCGUAAUAAUGCAGAAGUUUAUGGAAUAGCGGAUAAAAUAGAGUUUAUCUGUGGAGACUUCCUGCUGCUGGCUUCUUGUUUAAAGGCUGAUGUCGUGUUCCUCAGCCCUCCAUGGGGGGGGCCAGAUUAUGCCACUGCAAAGACUUUUGACAUUAAGACAAUGAUGUCUCCUGAUGGCUUUGAAAUUUUCAGACUUUCCCAGAAAAUCACUAAUAAUAUUGUUUAUUUUCUUCCAAGAAAUGCUGAUGUUGACCAGGUGGUAUCCUUAGCAGGGCCUGGUGGGCAAGUGGAAAUAGAACAGAACUUUCUUAAUAAUAAAUUGAAGACAAUCACUGCUUAUUUUGGUGACCUGAUUCGAAGACCAGCCUCUGAAACCUAACCAUGAAACAGGGCAAGGACAAAAAAUCAUACAGUGGGCAUACGGUGGUCAGAACAUUAUUCAGAGGAGACACUUGGAAUAUCUUUCUAUUCACUGAUGUUUUGUACCCAUAGUCUUUUAUCACCGUGUGAAAAGGAAACUUACAGGAGUUGAAUGAAUACUAAUGAAGUGCUUUGAGAUCUUUGGAUAAUAUAGGUACAUUGUAUGUUAAGAUAGUAAGUGACUGACAUGGAAAGGGUAACUUUCCCAUGUGUUAAUUUCAAAGUGUAUACAUGUAUGUGCGUGUAUUUUUAAAAUUAUGUGUGUUUUGAUUUAACAUCUUUAUGUGUGUAUAUAAAAAUUAUUGUGUUUUUUUAAUAUAGAGAGAUUUGAAGAAAACAAUGAGUUAUAUUUAUCCAUCCCUACCAAAAUAAAUAAUGUUAUACAUUUAAGGCUAGAAAUGUAAACAGUACAGAAUGGUUCAAAAUGAAAGUAGUCUCCCACCUCCUUCCCCACCCUUUAUUCAUCUAGCUAAAAGUAACCACAGCUGACAUUGUUUUAUGAUUCCUUUGGAAGACAGAAAUUGCAGUAUACACUAAUGCACUUUGUUUCUCAUCAAUGCACUGUUUAAUACCUCUACUUUUAAAAAAAUAUUGUUUCUUUUUAUAAAAGCAUGUCUUUUUUUACUAGAAUACUUGGAAGACCUUUCCAUAUCAGCAUAUACAUGUAGAUCUGCCUCAUUCUUUUUCGUGGCCAUUUUGUAUUGCAUCUCCUGGAUAUGCCAUAAUUAACCACUUCCCUGUGGAUGGACACAGGCUGUUUUCAGUGUUUUGCAGUCACCAUUUUGUGCUGUCCUUAAGUGUAUUAAUAGUAUAUGUUGUUGAACAAAUACAGAUUUCUAGCUGUCAGACUGCUGAGGUUUGUACAUUUUAAAUUUGUAUAGAUGGGCUCAUAUUGCCUCAAUAAAGUUGGGCCCACCUAUAUUCUCAUCCA